AUGGCAGUUAUAAUAUAUGAAAGUGCUGAAAUCUGCAUCGAUAAAGUUAGAGUAUUUUGGCAAAAAGCUCAGAUUCCAACUAAAAGAAAAGAUCAUUGCAUAUAUCAGUUGUUAAAAUUAUAUGAACAAUAUCAGCUUCUUCAAAAAAGUGUAAACAGAGAGUCAAAUAAAAUUAAAGAGGAUGAAUUUAAAUCUUUAUUGUUGAAUUUAUUUGACAUUGCCCAUGCGAAUGCUACACUAAUAAUCAAUAAAGAUACACAAAAUUUUCUGACUCAACAAAGGAAAGAUGGUAGAGUAGGCUACAUAGCCAACAUUGAGUCUGACGAUAAUGAAGAAGCACAGAGAAUCAAGGAUGAAUUACUACAGCUACGUCAAGAAAAAUCGGAGAGAAUUGAUGAUAAAUUAGUUGCAGUCUUCGAUCAUUGUAAAUUAAGUGACCCCAAUGCUGUACUUUUGACUGUAGCUUUAUGUUCAUCAAUAAAUAUCGACGCAAACCCUUUAAUAGUAAAUAGAUCUUCAAUUCGCAGAAUCAGAGAGAAAUUACGCGAAGAAAAAGUAAAACAAAUCAAAGGACUUUUCAAAUACGAAGACUUGAAUGCUAGUGUUCUCCAUUGGGAUGGAAAUUUUUUUAAAACUUCAACUGGAGAAACUAAAGAACGAUUACCAGUUGUAUUAAUUUGUGUAAAAAUUGAAAAAAUAUUAGCAAUUCCAGUACUAGAUGACGGUACAGGACAGUCUCAAGCUGAUGCAAUGUUUGAUGUUAUUGUCGAUUGGGGUAUUUCUAACUGUAUUAAAGUUCUUUGCUGUGAUACUACUCCUGCCAAUCUGGGGCCAAAUAAAGGAGCUGCCGUCAUACUUGAACAGUUGCUUGAAGAAAAUUUACUAUAUUUGCCUUGCAGGCAUCACAUGUUUGAACUUGUUUUAAAGGAUGUUUUUGAAUUAAAAAUACCUGGAACUGGAAAAAAGAUUUCGAGAUAA